UCGAGUAACAAUGGAGGAAAUUAAAUCAUACCUGAGAGAAGGAGUACAGCAAGUGAGAGAUGACAAGAUGGCAAGAAACAGAGGAGGAAAGCAGAACAAGACACAGGGAAAAGAACGUCUAGACAGAGGGGACAAUCUGGGGGGGACACGAAAAUGCAACUUGAAGAAGAAAAAGAGACAGAGGCCGAAAACAAAGUCUAAAGUUCAGAGACUUCAGCGUGAGGAGGCCUCUCCAGAGGAAGAUUUAUUCCCCAUUAAAAAUUCCUCCCAAGACUUCCUGGAAGUGAGGAAAGCAGAGUAUGUCGGGUAUCAAAAACGUAUCCAGAGAGAAAGGGAUCUUCUCUUUUCACAAAAUUCUCGACCAGUGCCAGCCUUCAACAGGAGGCCCCGUUAUCUCGCGGAUGAGGGUCUGUAUGUGGGAAAAAGGCCCUCUAUGUCCCAGAAUAAUGAGAACAUUCUGGAGAGCCGCAUUUUAAAAAUGGAAGAGGGAAAGAAGUGGAUCGGAGAUGAUGGCAGGAUCAUGGCUCUGCCGGACCCCAUUAAGGAAUCAUCCACAAGACCCCCUCUCUUCCACAUGGAGGAGGACCUGGACCCUGCUCUGCAAACUGUUUACAGGAAGGCAACAAAGUCCAAAUAUGAAAACACUGACAGUACAUUGGAUCCUGAGGGAGACUACAAACUUGAUGUUGAUGUUUCUGGGCUGAUCUUCUCCCAUCACCCACUCUUCAGUCGCGAACAUGUCCUGGGAGCCCGUCUAGCUCAGCUGUAUGAUCAGUACCUCACCAGGCAGCACAAUAACCUGACAGGACACUUGACUGACAAGUUGAAUGGGUUGAGGAGUGCCCUGCGAAAUAUCCUUGAGAUCCAUGAUGGCCAGAGCCUCACUCAGGCCAUGCAGCAGAGGAUAUCUGAUUACAGUCUGGAGGUUCGAAAUACUCGGCAGCUGCGAGACAGCGAGCAGGAGAAAGACCGGACUCUGCUGAAGAKCGUAAUUAAGGUGUGGAAGAAGAUUAAGGCCCUGAGAGAGUUCCAGAAGUUCAUCAACACACCCUACAAGCUCUUCCUCAGAAAAGAGAAUGUAGACCAGGCGUCAGAUGAGCAGGUGUAUGAGGAUGAAAUCCUGGCAGAAGUUGUGGAAUUGGAGGCUGAGAAUGAGGAGGACUACCAACGAAAGCUGGCCGAGUACAGGAAACAGCUGGCAGAGUGGAAGCUCUCAAGAAGAAAACAGAAAGCCAAAAAGAAAAAGAGAAAAAAGAAGAAGAAAGGCCAGUUACAGGAUGAAUCCAAAGGGCCUGAGGGAGAAGAGUGUCCAAAGCCAGAGCCUCCGGAGAAGCCAGACUUUGACUCAAUAGAGCAGCAAGUCAGAGAGAAGGCUUCCAGGAUACGCAGGAAACCAGGAGAGUCCAUCCUGAUUCCUGAGCUGCAUGCAUCUGGAAACAUCACAGCCAAUGACCUCUGCCCCAGGGCGGAGGUAGCUCGCAGACGGGAUGUUAAGAGGCGCAAUUUUUUCAUCAAGAUCCUGUACAAUGGCAAAGAAGUGUCCCGAACUGAAAGCAGCUCCCUGAACACUGAUUUCAGAGUGCACUUUGGUCAGAUUUUCAAUCUCAAGAUAGUUAACCCUCAUCAAAGCAUCACAUUGCAGGUCUUUGAAAAGAUUGGAUUAUUCAGUUCCCGCCUAGCUCAAGUGUUCAUCCCUGUGCCAGAACCCUCUGUCUUAACGGGCAGCGUCCCUCUUGAUGAAUUUGAGUUCAGCAGCAACCAGAGAGUGAUGUUUGACCAUGAAGGAGUUGGAAGUGAUGUCCCCCUCUCCUUCGAGCCUGAUGGCAGUAACAAACAGACCCUGCUGACCUCUGGUAAACUGUCCUGCUGUGUUUCCUGGGGUGUUGGGGAUGAUGAUGUACCACUUGCCCCUCCUGUGUCUCAACAUCCUGGUGGCAUACACAGUGGCCUGCACCGUCUUGAUGCUGUCACAUCUAUUUGGGGAUGUGGACUUCAUGACAUGGAAAAAGCUUUGGAGUUGGCCAAACAGUCACGACUCGACCCCAACGACCCAAAAAAUGUCUCCAUCCUGCAUCUCCUUAAAGUGACCAGAAGUGGAGAGGUGAAAGCUCCAGAGUACUUCCGACUAGAACAGCAGCAGGAGGAGUUUAACUUUGUGACUGAUGAAGAGUUGGAACGAUCAUGCCUGCUCAGGGUCAGGAACCAAAAAGUUGCAGUGUCUGAAAAUUACAAAUGUGCUCCUGGUCUGGAGAGAGAGGUCUAUGAUAAGAUGAUUCAGAUACCUGAUUGGACCAACGACAGAAUAAUUAAGAUUCAACAGCAGUUGUGGAGGACGUUUUCUAACAUUUUUCUUCAAUGA